ACAAAAUACAAAUUUAAAUAUUGACUUGAAGACUUCUACUUCCAUAUCUAUUCGAAUUUUUCAUCGAUACAAUACAACUAAAGAAAAAAACCACUCUCAAAUUCUUUAAUUAAUGGCUUCCUUAACUCUAGUAUGUGUAUUUUAUGUCUUUAUUAUUUUCCAACUUCAAACUUCUAAAGCCAAACAAAUAAUCUGCAAAAAGUUAUCAUGCGGUGACAUAGAUAUUGCUUUUCCUUUUGGUUUAAUAGAAGCUAAUCAAGAUUUCCGUUGUAGCUAUUUUGGAAAUCCAGCCUUCCAACUUUCUUGUAACAACCAAAGCCAAACAAUCCUCAAUCUCCCCAAAACAAAAUCCUUAAUCAUUAAAAACAUCAAUUACAAAACACAAACAAUCCAAGUCAACGACCCCAAAGGAUGUCUCCCAAAACGUUACUUCGACAACAAUUUUAACCUUUCACGUUCACCUUUUAAAUUAAACCCCGAUAUUUACAACACUGAUGGUGAUAAUGUCACUUUCAUUCGUUGUCCUUCCAACUUUACUACUGAUUCAUCACCAUAUCAAUUUCCAUUAGAACCAAUUUCUUGUUUAAGCAACGAUGAAGAACGUUCGAACUUGACUUUCUCUUCGGUUAUAGUUUCAUGGGUACCGACUGAAUUUGUCCAUACAAGGUGGUUUCAAACGUGUGAGGUGAUUUCAACGGCUCUUGUUCCGUUACCAUGGAUGAAUAUGACUAUGUGGCCAUCUUGGCCUGAUCUUAAUAGUGAUGUUGAGUUGGUGUGGAAUGAACCUAGAUGUAGGAAUUGUGCACUUAAUGGUCAAGUUUGUGGAUUCUCUGAGGAUACAAAUAUGCAUCAAGUUCAAUGUUUCCCUAAUUCUUCCAAUCAAGGACUCUUAGAAAGUGCCAAAUACGGCAUUGCUUUUGGAUUGGGAAUACCAGCACUUUUAUUAAUUGGCUUAGCUUGCUUUUGUAAUAAGAGAACAACCCCACAUCAAGGACAAAGAAACUCAUCAAAUGUUCCUACAAUAACAAUUUCCUUAGCACCACUCCCUUCAUUUGUAACAGGCCUUGAUGGUGCCACAAUUGAAAAGUAUCCCAAAACUCUUCUUGGAGAAAGUGGACGUUUAUUGAAGUCUAAUGACAAUACAUGCUCAAUUUGUUUAUCUGAAUAUCAACCUAAAGAGACCUUGAGAAGCAUCCCAGAAUGUAACCAUUAUUUUCAUGCUGCUUGUAUUGAUGAGUGGCUCAAAAUGAAUGGUACAUGCCCUAUAUGUAGGAAUUCACCGGAGCCAGAUGCUUCCACGAGUCCUUAUUUUGCUUCGUUGUUGCUAUCCCCAAAUUCCUCAUCAUUGUCCUCUACUCGAUAAAUUGGUCACACAUGAAGCCAUAUAUUUGUAGUUAAAUACUGAGUAUAGAGUCAUUAUAUGUGUUAUACAAUUUUUUGAAGAUGUGUUAUACAAUUAUACCAUUGUAAAUUGAAAUUUUUCUUCCGUUCUAUUUUCUCUUGUAAACAACUUAAAAAUGUGGCUUCCUCAACUCUAAUAUGUGUAUGUUACUAUGUCUUAAUUAUUAUUUUCCACCUUCAAACUUCUAAAGGCGAACAAAUAUGCAAAACUUUAUCAUGUGGUGACAUAGAAGCUAUAUCCACGUGAUCCACACAGGAUAGUACCAUGAUCAUGUUUUAGCAUAUUAAAAAUAGUUUGUAUUUCAACACUUUCAAAUACUCUUGAAUUCAUGGAAAUCAUAUUCCUCUUGUAACUCCUCCACCACUCCAUCCAGCACACAAGAGACACAUGUUUUUGGUCCAUUCGUAUAUUGGUCAAUUAUUGUACGCUGGUUCUUUCUAUCUAUUUUCUAAAUUGACUUUAGUUCACAAAAUACAAAUUUAAAUAUUGACUUGAAGACUUCUACUUCCAUAUCUAUUCUAAUUUUUCAUCGAUACAAUACAACUAAAGAAAAAAACCACUCUCAAAUUCUUUAAUUAAUGGCUUCCUUAACUCUAGUAUGUGUAUUUUAUGUCUUUAUUAUUUUCCAACUUCAAACUUCUAAAGCCAAACAAAUAAUCUGCAAAAAGUUAUCAUGUGGUGACAUAGAUAUUGCUUUUCCAUUUGGUUUAAUAGAAGCUAAUCAAGAUCAAGAUUUUCGUUGUAGCUAUUUUCCAAAUCCAAUCUUCCAACUUUCUUGUAACAACCAAAGCCAAACAAUCCUCAAUCUCCCCAAAACAAAAAACUUAAUCAUUAAAAACAUCAAUUACAAAACCCAAACAAUCCAAGUCAACGACCCCAAAGGAUGUCUCCCAAAACGUUACUUCGACAACAAUUUUAACCUUUCACAUUCACCUUUUAAAUUAAACCCCGAUAUUUACAACACUGAUGGUGAUAAUGUCACUUUCAUUCGUUGUCCUUCCAACUUUACUACCGAUUCAUCAUCAUCAUCAUAUCAAUUUCCAUUAGAACCAAUUUCUUGUUUAAGCAACGAUGAAGAACGUUCAAACUUGACUUUCUCUUCGGUUAUAGUUUCAUGGGUACCGACUGAAUUUGUGGAUACAAGGUGGUUUCAAACGUGUGAGGUGAUUUCAACGGCUCUUGUUCCGUUACCAUGGAUGAAUAUGACUAUGUGGCCAUCUUGGCCUGAUCUUAAUAGUGAUGUUGAGUUGGUGUGGAAUGAACCUAGAUGUAGGAAUUGUGCACUUAAUGGUCAAGUUUGUGGAUUCUCUGAGGAUACAAAUAUGCAUCAAGUUCAAUGUUUCCCUAAUUCUUCCAAUCAAGGACUCUUAGAAAGUGCCAAAUACGGCAUUGCUUUUGGAUUGGGAAUACCAGCACUUUUAUUAAUUGGCUUAGCUUGCUUUUGUAAUAAGAGAACAACCCCACAUCAAGGACAAAGAAACUCAUCAAAUGUUCCUACAAUAACAAUUUCCUUAGCACCACUCCCUUCAUUUGUAACAGGCCUUGAUGGUGCCACAAUUGAAAAGUAUCCCAAAACUCUUCUUGGAGAAAGUGGACGUUUAUUGAAGUCUAAUGACAAUACAUGCUCAAUUUGUUUAUCUGAAUAUCAACCUAAAGAGACCUUGAGAAGCAUCCCUGAAUGUAACCAUUAUUUUCAUGCUGCUUGUAUUGAUGAGUGGCUCAAAAUGAAUGGUACAUGCCCUAUAUGUAGGAAUUCACCGGAGCCAGAUGCUUCCACGAGUCCUUAUUUUGCUUCUUUGUUGCUAUCCCCAAAUUCCACAUCAUUGUCCUCUACUCGAUAAAUUGGUCACACAUGAAGCCAUAUAUUUGUAGUUAAAUACUGAGUAUAGAGUCAUUAUAUGUGUUAUACAAUUUUUUGAAGAUGUGUUAUACAAUUAUACCAUUGUAAAUUGAAAUUUUUCUUCCGUUCUA